UCUUUUUGUACGGAGAACACAACCAUACCAACUACCACCUUUUAAAGCCCCUUUCCUUCUCGCUCUCUCCCACCACUCACCAUAAAAUUAGCAAAAAUACACUUCUCCGGAGCAGAUAGACAAGACCAAAAUAUCUUCUGAUAUAUGGAAGAUACCUCACUGGCGGCACAGGCACUCGUCCCUACCGUCAAACCCGACCACUUGCCCGACCCCGGCACCGAACCACCGCCUGAUCAGAUGGCUCCGGAGUCCGUAGGAGGUGAGCUGGACAAGGACACGUUGUGCCCAAUAUGCAUGCAGAUCAUAACGGACGCGUUUCUCACCGCCUGUGGCCACAGUUUCUGUUACACGUGCAUUGUCACCCACCUGAGAAACAAGAGCGACUGUCCUUGCUGCGCUCACUACCUCACCACCAACCAUAUCUUCCCUAAUUUUCUACUCGAUAAGUUGUUGAAGAAAAAUUCUGCUCGUCAGGUAGCUAAGUCUGCCUCACCUUUUGAACAUCUUCGUCAGGCAAUACAACAGGGUUGUGAGGUGUCAAUUAAGGAGCUAAAUGGCCUGCUGUCUCUACUUGCGAAGAAGAAGAGAAAAAUGGAACAAGAAGAAGCUGAGACAAAACUGCAGAUUUUGCUAGACUUCUUGCAUUGCCUGCGGAAGCAAAAGCUUGAAGAGAUGAAUGAGAUACAAGCGGACCUCCUGUAUAUCAAGGAGGACAUCAAUGCUGUCAAGAGAUAUAGAACAGAACUAUACAGGGCGAAAGAAAGAUUCUCAGUUAAACUGAGGAUGCUUAAUGAUGAUCCUAUUGCAGCAAAAGCAUGGGCUUCAUUGACUGAUAUGCAUGGAAGUGGCAUCAUCUCCGGUCCUCACUGUCUGCAAGGGCAGAUGGGACCACAGAACAAAAAGGCUGACCUAAACGCUCAAGUAAGCCUCCAGGUAUUCCAAAGAAAGGAUGGUAAUAAUGGUUCCGAUUUGCAGUCUGUUGCUCCAUCAGCACUAGCUUUAGCAAGAAAAAAGCGGGUCCAUUCACAGUUUAAUGACCUACAAGAGUGUUAUUUGCAAAAGCGGCGAAACUGGAGUGGAGAAUCUCACAACGGGGAAGAAAGCAACACAAAUCCUAUAAAAAGAGAAGGUUAUCAUCCAGGUCUUGAUGAUUUCCAAUCCAUUAUGACUACCUUUACACGAUACAGUCGAUUGAGGGUUAUUGCUGAACUAAGGCAUGAUGACCUUUUUCACCCUGCCAAUAUAGUGUCAAGUAUAGAAUUUGAUCGAGAUGAUGAGUUUUUUGCCACUGCUGGUGUCUCACGGCGCAUCAAGGUUUUCGAGUUCUCCACAGUGGUGAAUGAACCAGCAGAUGUCCACUGCCCUGUUGCAGAGAUGUCCUCACGAUCAAAGCUUAGUUGCUUGAGCUGGAAUAAGUACACAAAAAACUAUAUCGCCAGCAGUGAUUAUGAGGGGAUAGUGACCGUUUGGGACAUAACCAAUCGUCAGAGUGUGAUGGAAUAUGAGGAGCAUGAAAAGCGAGCUUGGAGUGUUGAUUUUUCAUGCACUGAACCAUCAAUGCUUGUAUCAGGCAGUGAUGACUGCAAGGUUAAAAUUUGGUGCACAAAGCAAGAAGCAAGUGUUCUUAACAUCAAUAUGACAGCGAAUAUUUGUUCUGUGAAGUUUAAUCCUGGAUCAAACAUUCACGUGGCAGUGGGUUGUGCAGAUCAUCUCGUUCACUAUUAUGACUUGAGAAAUAUCAGCCAACCACUACAUGUACUUAGAGGGCACGGAAAAUCUGUUUCAUAUGUAAAAUUCUUGUCUAACAAUGAACUAGCUUCUGCAUCUAUUGACAGCACGUUGCGGUUGUGGGAUGUAAAGAAAAAUCUGCCACUGCACACAUAUAGAAGUCACACGAAUGAGAAGAGUUUUGUGGGUCUCACAGCUAAUAGCGAGUUCAUAUGUUGUGGUAGCGAGACAAAUCGAGUAUUUGUCUAUCACAAGGCUAUCUCUAGACCUAUGGCUUGGCAUAAACUUGGCUCUCUAGAAGGAGAUGACGACGACAGCGAUGGUGUCAACGACGAUGACGAAUCAUACUUUAUCAGUGCUGUUUGUUGGAAGAGUAAUAGCCCAACAGUUUUGGCUGCAAAUAGUGAAGGAAAACUUAAAGUGCUUGUACUUGCAUAAGGGGUGGAAUUAGUAAAUCGAAAAUGAAAAAAGUUACAAGUUGCCCACUAGUUUAUGGUUACAUAUAUUGUUGGGUAUGUAUUGGGUAGGUUAGAAUGCUGGUCUCUUUAAAGCUUAUAUUCACAACAAAAUGCAUAUACACUUCUAGAGAAA